UCAACACAGCUCAGCUUCAUUCGCUCUUCAAGAAGGGGUCUUUAAAUGCCGAUCGAAGUACUCAAACAAACUUUAUACCAACGUUAAAAUAACUAGUGAGCUUUCGUAGAGUGAACGGUCCAUUGCUCCAUAUAGCGCUCCGACGUGCCGCUUAAAUUAGUCCUAUAGUUUAUUUUACAGUUAAAAGUGUUGUUUUUUUCCGCUGUUGUUCUGGUAUCUUCGCUGAGGCUAAUGUCAGUCAGUCAGACCAACUCAUGUGUUUGAACUUCUUCAGAGAACGAGUCCAGUCCCGGUGACAGCAGCAGAGCGAGCUGUGUGUUCCGCUGUUCCAACUCCUCUUCAAUCUAUCAUCAUGAGCUUGUCCAAAGAGUGAAAACGGAAAUUGGAAACGAAAGUGUUUUUUUUUUAAAGUACAAACGAAGAUAUCUUCCCAACCCAAGGUGUUUUAGUGGGUGUUGUCUGAAGGAGUCAUGGAGCCUUCACCGGACCUCAGGGAACAUACGGUGAAGACAUCACACAACGACUCCCAUGUUCCAGACCACUCAGACACCAGGCCUAUGGAGAUGCAAGACCUAGCCAGUCCUCAUAACAGUUUGGUGGGCGGAGACUCAUCAGGCUCCAAGCUGACAGGUUCCUCUGUCACUACCAACGGAACUGGAGGAGAGACCAUGACUAUUCUAAACACGGCUGAUUGGCUGCUGGGCUGCAGUAGCCCGCCACCUGGCCACAGUGGAAAGGACUAUGUCAAAACAGAACCUAAUAACAUCAGUGAGACAGCCAGGACUACAGGAGACACAACACUGGACAGCUACGCAGGAUCAGUCAUUACCAGCAGUGGAUACAGCCCUCCAUCUGCACACCAGUACUCCCCACCAAUCUACCCCUCCAAGCCGUACCCCCACAUCCUGUCCACACCAGCAGCCCCGCCCAUGCCAGCGUACGCCGGCCAAUCCCAGUUCACUAGCAUGCAGCCGUCGACCGUCUACACCGCAUACUCCCAGACUGGCCAGGCCUACGGACUGUCUACCUACGACCUGGGUGUGAUGCUACCAGGUAUGAAGACAGAGGGGGGUCUCUCCCAAACCCCCUUACAGACCAGCCUCAACUACACGCCACAGCCUGGACAGACAGCCUACUCACCAUAUCAGAUGCCAGGGUCCAGUUUCACGUCAUCAUCUGGUCUGUACUCCAGUAACAACUCUGUGUCCAACCCAGCCAACUACACUGCUUCACAGCAGGUACCUGUGUGUAUGCGUGCAUGGGUGUGUUUUGGUGUGUUUUGGUGUGCGUGCAUGGGUGUGUUUUGGUGUGUGUGUGUGUGUGUUUUUGGUGUGUGUAUGUAAGUGUCUAUAACAAGCAUUCUUAAACCUCAACAACAACACAAGUCUAUCCCUACUGUGG